AUGACCUCCCUCAUCGAACAAGCAAAGCAAAAGGCCGCCUACCAGGCCGUCGACGAGCAUGUCCUCCCCACCCACAGGGUCAUUGGAGUCGGCUCCGGAUCGACCGUCGUCCAUGUCGUUGCGCGUCUUCUCCAGCGCGACCCCGAGUUAAACGCUAAGACCGUCUUUAUCCCUACUUCAUUCCAGUCCCGUGGACUCUUGUUGGAUGGUGGUCUUACCGUUGGUGACGUUGAGCAGUACCCAGAUAUCGAUGUGACGAUCGAUGGAGCAGAUGAGGUCGACGCACAGUUGAACGCCAUCAAGGGUGGUGGAGCUGCCCACCUCCAGGAGAAGGUUGUUGCCGAGGCUGCCAAGAAGUUUGUGAUUGUUGCCGAUUACCGCAAGGACUCCAAAGUCCUUGGUGAGCAGUGGUUGAAGGGAGUCCCAGUCGAGGUCGUCCCAUUCGCAUGGAGAGCAGUUCUCAAGAAGCUUCAGGCACAAGGAUCCAACGACGCCAAGCUGCGCAUGGCUGUCGCCAAGGCUGGCCCCGUCGUCACCGACAAUGGCAACUUUAUCAUCGAUGCUCCUUUCGGCCUCAUCAACGACCCCGUUAAGUGCUUGAGGGACAUCAAGUUGAUCACUGGUGUUGUUGAGGUUGGAUUGUUCUGUAACAUGGCUGAGGUUGCUUAUUUUGGUUGCGAAGAUGGAUCCGUUACCAUUAGGACCAAGUAG